AUGCAGGUUCUGAUACGAAGGAAACUCGUCAUAGUGGGCGACGGCGCCUGCGGCAAGACUUCGCUACUAUAUGUGUUCACGUUGGGAGAGUUUCCCACCCAAUAUCACCCGACGGUGUUCGAGAACUACGUUACGGACUGCCGCAUCGAUGGCAAGCCCAUCCAAUUGGCACUCUGGGAUACCGCAGGCCAGGAGGAAUACGAGCGACUCCGGCCGCUCAGCUACCACAAUAGCCACGUCAUCUUGAUUGGCUUUGCGUUGGACGUGCCAGACACGCUUGAGAAUGCCCGCACCAAGUGGGUCGAAGAAGUGAAGGAAUGCUGUCCGGAGGCCCCAUACAUUCUUAUUGGGCUCAAGAAGGAUUUGCGCAUCAGUGUGAAAGACAGAGUGCGUUUUGUCCAAGUGGAUCAAGGCGAGCGGGUGGCGCGGGAGAUUGGAGCGCGGCGGUACAUGGAAAGUUCGGCGCUCACAGGUGAGGGCGUGGACGAUAUUUUUGAGGUGGCUACGCGGCUCAGUCUUCUUUUGUCGGAGAAGCCUCAGCUGGCAUGCUGCACCAUUCUAUAG